AUGAAAACACUGAAAACUACGAAAGCUCUUCCAUCAAAAGUAGUAAUUGGGCUAGUUUCCCAAAAAGCUGCAAAUGGAGAUUAUACUGCUAAUCCGUUUAAUUUUCAACAUUUCAACAUGACAAACGUUACUAUGAAAGUGAAUGGCGUGGAGGUUUAUGGGUCUCCAUUGAGUUUGGAUUUUGGAGUAAACAGAAAUUACGCAGCAGCAUACGUUAGACUUUUCGAAAUCAGUGAUAAAUGGCUUAAAGACAUGGGAUUGAACAUAUCAUUAGCAGACUUUGGUAAAGGAUACACAUUCAUUGUGUUCUCUUUAGAUCCAUGUGAUUUUCAGGAAGAUUAUCUGAAUUUAGUGAAACACGGUAAUGCACGCUUAGAAAUCAGAUUCGGAUCGGCUACAUCAGAGAUUAUAAAUUGUCUGUGCUAUUAUCAAUCCCAAGCCAUUUUAACUUGUGACGAGACAAGAGACAUCAAGAUAGUGGAACCAUGA